AUUGAGCCGUUUGUAUAAAUUUGACUGCGGGUUUCAGAAAAGAAAGCGGCUUCGGCAGGUUGAUUCUGUUUCGCUAACCCUUUGACAUGUAUUUUAUCUGCAGAAGCACAAUUUUAAAAGACGUAAAGCAGCGCAUCGGAUCAUGAAACUGCCAUGAAAGACUCAGGAGAACAUUUGGAGCUUCGUUCGGGCGCUCCUGGACACUUCCAGACACCUGGAGUAGAAGAAAGGAAAUCAAAGAGAGAUUUUUGUAAUUCCUGACUUUGUCGCUACCCAGUUGGUGGAUGAUCAGGAGGUGUGGACGACAUGGCCUGUCUACAGCAGCCAGAUCUGUCUUAUGCGUGGGAGAGGUAUAUGGACUGUCGACUGCAAGGAGCAGAUCUCCAGGUCAGCCUUCAGAGUCUGGAAAAUUUUCUCUGUCUCUUCCACUAUGUGCAACACCACCCCAAUCAAAGCACCAAAGAUGCACUGAAAUUCUGCUCAGACAUGAGUGGGGCCAGUAACACACUGGCGAGAGAGUUUCUGACCGAUGUUCAUCAACUAUGCAGUGCGGUGGCCCAGCGAGCAGAGGCACGGGAGGAAGAUGAAGAGGAGAGUCAUAUGGUGGCUCUGGGAGAGUACCUGGUCCGGGGACGAGGCUUCCUGUUGCUCAGCACCCUGGACUCAAUCAUUGACCAGGAGCUUACUUGUCGGGAAGAGCUGCUCACUUUGCUGCUGUCUUUGCUCCCAUUGGUCUGGAAGAUUCCUGUGCAGGAAGAAAAAGCUCCAGAUUUCACCCUGCCGUCCUUACUGGAGGUGUUCCUUAGCCGGGAGGUGAAGGCCGUCCCUCUCAGAACUGGACAGAAGGCUGCAACAGAAGAUCAGAACUCUGGAAAAAGGUCUCGUGUUGGCAGCGGCACUUUAAAGUCACGGAGGUUGCGCAGAACAGCGCAGAGAUACUCAGUAAAAGAUGCUCGCAAGUCCCAGGUUUCUACCUCAGAUUCAGAAGCUAACUCUGAAGACAGAGCUGUUCCAGGCUCAGGUGGUGCAAGGAGCCGAAGAGCUCAUGGCUCAACCAUCCAAGUAAGCUGUCAGCAUCAUCGCUCGGAGGCCUCGCAGUUAACAUCCACUGCCACCAACACCACAGAAACCAUGAGUGCACCGUACCCCCAUCCCAGAGCUCCUGGGUCCCAGAAGGUUGACAACGAAACCCUAACAGAUCCAGCUGCAAUAUCAAUCUUCAACCGCAUGGAGAACUCGCCCUUCGAUCUCUGCCAUGUGUUGCUGUCCCUUCUGGAGAAGGUGUGUAAGUUUGACAUGAGCAUUAACCACAACCCUGGUCUGGCUGUCAGUGUGGUGCCGACUCUAACAGAGAUCCUAACUGAGUUUGGAGAUUGCUGUGGUCCAGGUGGAGGUGUUGGAACAGGGGCAGAGGAACUUGCUGGAGGGUGGACUGAGGAACCAAUAGCUCUGGUUCAGAGGAUGCUGCUACGCACCAUCUUGCACCUCAUGUCUGUGGAUGUGAGUCAGAACGACAGACUUCCAGACAGCCUGAGACGUAGUCUGACAGACUUGUUAAGAGCCACUCUCAAAAUCCGGAGCUGCUUGGACAGACAGAGUAAUCCUUUUGCUCCACGUCCCAAAAAGACUUUGCAAGAGGUUCAGGAAGAUUUCUCAUUCUCCCGUUAUCGUCACAGAGCAUUACUGCUUCCUGAGCUAUUAGAGGGAGUGUUACAAGUACUUCUGGAUUGCCUACAGGCUUCCACACCCAACCCCUUCUUCUUUAGCCAGGCCCUGGAGCUCAUCCAUGAAUUUGUCCAGCACCGUGGACUUGAGCUCUUUGAGGCCACUGUGCUGCGACUGGAGGGACUUGGCAGGGCCAGGGAUUCCGAAAUAGGGGGGGAGGCUUCGGAGCGGUUAAGAGGUCUCAUUGCAGGGGUCUUCAAGAUCAUCAGUGCUGUAAAGAAAGCAAAGUCAGAGCAGCUGCAUCAGUCAGUAUGUGCCCGUCGCCGCCACCGUCGAUGUGAAUAUUCCCACUUCCUUCAUCACCACAGGGACCUGUCAGGUUUGCCCGUCUCUGCUUUCAAGCAGGCGGCUCGACGCAACCCGUUUGAAGAGGAUGGUGAAGAUGUGGAAGGAACUGAGGGAGGUACAGUGCGCUACCCCGAGCGCUGCUGCUGCCUAGCAGCCUGUGCCCACCAAUGUCUGCGGCUCUUGCAGCGCCUGUCUCCCAGUGGGCCUGCUGUGUUGCAGGUAUUGGCUGGGGUUCAGGCUGUUGGUAUCUGCUGUUGUAUGGAUCCCCGCUCAGUUGUAGGACCCUUGCUACAUGCUUUCCAGGCUCCAGGUCUGCGCAGUUACCAGUCUCAUGUACUUGGUGUGUUGGGCAGACUGAUAUUAGAUCAGCUUGGUGGGGGUCAGCCCUCAGAGAAAGCCAAGUUAGCCUCGUGUAACAUCUGCACUCUGGAUAGCAGCCAGCUACCAGGCCUGGAGGAGACACUACAGCAAGGAGAACCUUCAACUCUUUCUACUAGUUUAUGUUAUCGUUCCCAGGGUAUACUGCCAAGUGGAGGGGGAGCUGAGGACAUGCUAUGGAAGUGGGACUCUCUGGAGGCCUAUCAAGAGCUAGUAUUUGGUGAGGACUGGCAGCUGAGCCAGCAGAUAGCUGGCCAUGUGUGCCACCUGACACUACGGGGCAAUGCUAUUGUGCAGUGCAAGCUCUACACACACAUCUUCAACCCUGUUCUGCAGAGAGGGGUAGAGCUGGCCCACCAUGCCCAGCAGCUGGGGGUUUCUACUGUCUGCACCCAGGUCUGCAGCUAUCACACGCAGUGCCUACCAGUGGAGGUUCUACUCAUCUACCUACAAACAUUACCGGCGCUUCUCAAAUCAAGGGUCAUCAGAGACCUUUUCAUCAGUUGUAAUGGUCUUAACCAGGUUACGGAGCUCGUCUACUUGGACCAGACACGUUCUUGGGCUUUAAAAGUAUUUGAAACUCUGAUAAUAGGCACUGGACAACAUCAGGCUCCUGGGGUCCUAAAGGAGCUGGAGAGCGCUGAUGCUGAAGAAAGGGAGGCUGUUUUAGGCUUGGCUGAGGAACUGGGGUCCCGAGGGGUUGGAGAAGGCCCACAGAGCCUCAGCAAGUUCUAUGAAGGCCUAAAGGAGGCGUAUCCACAUCACAAGAACCGUAGUGGGCAUGGUCGUGGACCAGUCCGCAGCCGAACGGAGACUCACCUCCAUGUUAUCAACCUCUUUUUGUGUGUGGCCUUCCUCUGUGUCAGCAAAGAGGCAGAUUCUGACAGAGACUCGGCAAACGACUCAGAGGACACUUCAGGUUAUGACAGCACAGCGAGUGAACCUCUAGGUGGACGGCUGCCUUAUCUGUCCCCUGACAGUGUAGCUUUGCCCUCCAAAGAGCAGCUGCAACGUGCCGCAGAUGUUUGGUCAGUGUGUCGUUGGGUCUACAUGGCUAGCCCUCUGUUUCAGAGGCAGUUCUUCAGGCUCGGAGGACUGGAUGUGUGCUUACGCCUCAUGGCCAUGGUUAUCCAGAAACUUUCCUGUAAAACCAAGGAUGGAAAAGCAAAGAAGAAGAGAGAUGGUAAAGGCAAAGGCAGUCCUGAGUCACAAAGUCACAGUUCACCGGGACUUGAGGCUCCCUCUCGUGAUUCAUCUAACACCCAUGGUCCAGGUGAGGGAAAAAACAAAGAUCCAUCAAAGAGGUUGGAGGAAGAGUGGCAACUACAAAGUAUUCGUCUUCUUGAGGCCUUGCUGGCUAUUUGUUUACACAGUGCUAACUCAGCCCUGCAGAGAUUAGAACCGGAGCUUUCUCAUCAGCUUCAGUCUGUUGAGGAAACUCUUUUUGAGGUGAGAGACCAGCUCACUCGCUCAGGGGUGGUGAACUCUGACCACGCCGUGCCCCUGUUUGACUCUCUUCUCAGAGUGGCCCUGGCUGAGGUAUCUUCCUGUCCUGUUCCUCCUGAGGAAAAGCAAGACAGGAAGCUCCAGGUGUUGGAGGAAGGGGCGGCCCCAGCAGGCGAUCUGUCUGAGGAGGUGGAUGAGGUGCAGAGCUGUAGCGUCAGGCUCCCUGGGGAGGAGGAGGGCUACGACGCUGACAGCGAGAGCAACCCAGAGAACAUGGCCAAGCAGGAAGAGGAAGCGAAGGUGGAGUCAGCCGGGUUGCGUGAGUUUGCUGCGGUGGCGGACGGGCCUGGGCGUGGUGUGCUGCUGUUCCCAGAGAUCUGCACAAUGGAGUUGCAGCUUCUUGCGUCUGGCUCCCCAGACCUGGAGGUUCUGAGUCAUGUGUUUCACAGCCUGCUGGGUGCAGUACAUGCCAACCACCGCAAUGCUGCUUUGCUCUAUGAACAGGGAGGAGUCAAAACCAUCCUCUGUGGCUUUCAUAACAUCCUCAGUCAAACAAACCCCUCCUUUACAGAUUGCCAGACUGUGUUGGUGGAGCUUCUGGUUGCCAUGGUGAGCCAACGAAUCACGGCAGAGGAGCUGGCUCUAUUGAUCCGCCUCUUCCUGGAGAAGUCUCCGCCUACUGGUAUUUUGCUGAAGGGAAUCUUACAAAUCAUUGAAGCCAACAUGAACACGAAACCUCUUCACUUCUUGACUUUUCCGUUAAUCCUUGGAGCUUCAGCAUCAGGAGCGUUGUCCCCUGGCUCCAGACAGAACUGUACUGCUGGAGGGAAAAGUGUUGGUUUGCUCUGGAAGGGCAAACUGUCUCCUGGUCGCAGGGAGGGCGAUGCCGAGUACAGACCAAGCCAUCUCCAUUCCUCACCCUGGCAUAUUGCGCCUCUCCAUUUGCCUCUGGUAGGGCAGAACUGCUGGCCCCAUAUGGCCAGCGGCUUUAGUGCCUCUAUGUGGUUGAGGGUAACGGAGCAGGAGGAUAACGAUGGGGACAAAGACAAAGAAGAAAGUAAUCGACCUGGAGCCGAGUCCCAGCAUGCUUCAUCUCAGGCUGGGUCAAGAUUAGUAGAGGAAGGCCUUGUUCACAUUCUGUCCAUGGGCUCCAAGGCACUGAUGCUUCAAGUGUGGGCAGACCUCUGUACAGGCUUACUCACAUUCAGAAUUUGUAUAGACCCAAAUGAUGAUAUAAAAGCAGGGCUCUUGGCGCAGGCAGAGUCUGGUGAGGCAAUGUUCAAAAAGGGUCAGUGGCAGCACCUUGGCCUCACUUACAGCCAGCAGGCAGAGGGAAAGAAGAACAUCCAUGGUCGUGUGGUUGUCUGGGUGUGUGGCAUCAGGAAAUGUGAGGUUUCUUUGGACUACACCCUACCCAGAAAGUCCAGUUUAUCAUCCGACAGCAACAAAACCUUCUGCAUGUUGGGUCACUGUGUAUCAUCUACAGAGGAGCUGCUGAAGCAGGGUGCACACUGGAGCAUGGGCACUGUGCUUCUCUUCAAUGGAGCUAGAAUAGGCUCUGAGGAGGCUUUCUACCUCUACUCCAGUGGACCAGACCUCACAUCAAUCAUGCCCUGCAAGUAUGGCAAGCCAAGGGGAUCAUUCUCCAAGUUUGUCUCUCAGGAAGGUUUGAAGUGUGACCAUGUGAGAGAGAUCCUGAUGAAGAACAAGGAUAUAGACACAACAGCAUUGGUUGAGAGCUUGGCUGUAGUGUAUGCUCCCAGCAGUCCACGAGUCUACACAAUUUAUGAACCUGUAAUCAGACUGAAAGGUCAGGCCAAGACAGUGGUCACCCAGCGACCCUUCAGCUCCAAAGAAGUGCAGAGUGUUUCCUUAGAGCCCAACGCUCUUAGAGCGCUGCUCCCCACUGAAACCUAUGGCCUGCAGAGUGUCCUGCAUAAGAUCGGAGGAACAGGAAAUUUUGUUUUCCUCUUUGCACAGACGGUGGAGCUGAGCGACUGUGAGAAGACCCAAGCUCUGGCCCUUCAAGUGCUCCUGUCUCUUUGCAAGUUUAACCAGCACCGCAUCCAUGAAAUGGAUUGUUACCAUGGUUACUCUAUGAUCCAUCAGGUCCUCAUCAAGUCUAAAUGCGUUGUAGGAUAUCACAUACUGAAAACUUUACUCGAUGGGUGUUGCAGUGGGCCCAUCCUUGUCCUGGGGGAUGACGGUCAGUUCCGAUUGGAUACCGAGUCAGUCGCUGUGGUGCAGGAUAUUAGGCUUCUGUCAGAUAUUCUGCUGGACUGGAAGAUCUGGGCUAAAGCUGAGUGUGGAGUUUGGGAAACACUGCUUGCCGCCUUGGAGAUUCUCAUCAGAGUGCACCAUCCACAUCAGAUGUUCAACAUCCGUCAGUUCCUCAACGCUGAAGUUGUGCAUCGCUUCCUGCUUACCUGCCAGGUGUUACAGGAGCAUCAGGAUGAACAUCUAACUGCAAUCCCUCAGGACGUGUGCUUGUCCUUCAUCAAAAUCAUCCAGGAAGUACUCGGAUCUCCUCCAGACAUGGAUCUGCUGAAACUGAUUUGUAACUUUCUGCUGGCUGUUCACCCACCAACCAACACUUACGUCUGUCACACUCCAUCUAGUUUCUACUUCUCGCUACACAUAGAUGGGAAGCUGUACCAGGAGAAGGUGCAGUCCAUUAUGUACUUGAGACAUUCCAACAGUGGGGGAAAGUCUGCCAGCAGCUCUGUGGUGUCGCUCUCCCCGACUGUUUUCACUGAUGCUCCCCACGAAGGUCAUCUACAUGCUCCGUCCCCUGAACACGGAGGUCAUGGAGGUGAGGAUCAGUCAUUACGCCCCCCUAGUCUGGCUCCGUCUCCCCUACUGACACCUCGCCUUGGACAUGGCAGCUCGAGUGAAGCAGGUGAAGGAGACGGGGCCUCCCUCACCUCUCAGCAGACCCUCGGCAGCACAGAGACUUUGAAGAAGGUCGGAGGUGACGAGCAGCUACUGAGCAGCUGUGAAUCAGCUAAGACAAUUUGUGACUCUAAUGACGCAGGAGAAGGAGCUGCUCUGCGCACCCCAUCUAUCAGUGUGGAGGAGGAGCGGGAUGAAGCAGCGGAGGUGGACAGUCUGGCAGAGGGCAGCGUUGGGGUGGCAGAGUCUGAGGACAGGUUUGACUGGACUAGUGACGAGGCUCCACGUCGUCCUGACAGCCUCAAAGGCAUCCAGUCUUUCCAGAGGAGUCACAGCAACCUGGCCAGUCUGGGCCUGGCUUUUCCAGUUCCAAAUGGUUCGUUGACAGUCGGCCGAUGGCCCAGUGCAGCUGACCGAGGCUCCAUGCCUGAAGACUGGGAAAGCUACACUUACUCUCCUGGGUAUGAGAGGGCACACAGCAAAACUGAAUCCAAUGACAGGUCCAGCACAGAGGACUGCUUGGUGCUGGUCUGCUGUGGACUCUAUGAUCUCCUGAGGGGUGUCUUACUGUUGCUGCCUGAUCUCAUGCUUGAGGAGGUGAUGGACAAACUCAUCCAGCCAGAGGCCCUCAUUGUCCUGGUCAAUCAUUCCUCACCUCUUAUCCAACAAGGAGUCAUGAAGCUGCUAGACGCCUAUUUCAGCAGAGCUUUUAAAGAACAGAAGGAGAAGUUUCUGAAGAACCACGGCUUCUCACUGCUGGCCAACCAGCUGUACAUCCAUCAAGGCAGCCAGGGGCUCCUUGAAUGCUUCCUGGAGAUGCUGUUUGGACGCCCAAUGGGUCUAGAAGAAGACCUGGACCUGGAAGAGAUGGAAAAUAUCUCAGCCUUCAGAAAGCGCUGUAUCAUCCCAGUGUUGGGGCUUAUUGAGAACUCCCUUUACGAGAACUCCUUGGUGCACAACAUCCUUUGUAUGCUGCUGCAGCUCGUCAAUGCCUGCCCCAAGCUGGCAGACAUCCUGCUAGACCACGGGCUGCUCUACGUGCUCUUUAACACUCUCUCCACCCUUAAUGGCAUGGAGAACGGUAUUCCCUUGAACGACUACAAGCUCCUGGUGUGUGACAUCCAGCAGAUGUUGGUAGCUGUGACUAUCCACUCCUGCAGCUCUUCAGGGUCCCAGUACUUCCGCAUCAUUGAAGACCUCAUUACCUUGCUGGGUUUCAUGCAAACCAGCAAGAUGCGUCGCACCCAGGAGAUGGCUGUGGCUUUGCAGUUCCGAGUCCUCCAGUCAGCCAUUGAGUUCAUAAAGACGACAGCCAACCAGGAGCCUCAGAAGCUGAGCAGCUCGGUUAAUACGCCGAGCUCUCCGCAUCACGCCAUCUAUCAGAAGCGUAAGAGCAUUCCAGGUCGGCGCCGAUUCUCUCUGGCCCAGACGGACUCUCUACUGAUGCGGAUGCGCUCUGUAGCCAGCGAUGAGCUCAACCAGAUGAUGCAGAGGAGGAUGAGCCACGAAAACCCCAUUCGUGCCAGUGAGACCGAGUUUGUCCAGCGGCUGCAGAGGCUUGUGGUUCUCGCUGUCAACAGACUCAUUUACUACGAUGUGAGUCAAGACUUAUUUGACCUGCUGAGUAUCCCAGACUCUCCAGACCACCAACUGCUCACACCAGAUCCUGGUGAUCAGCCGCACGAUGAGGGUGGUUCCACCUCGGUCCCACACUCUCCAACUCCCUUCACUCUUCCACCUGCCAACAAGAAGAGCUUCCAGAAAGACAUCCUCAAACUCAUGAUGGAUGGGAUCAAAAUUAGCCUGGGCAGCACGGGUCGAGGUGGCGCCCCACAUCAUCAGUGGCGAAGGAUCCUCUGGUCCUGUCGGGAAACUUUCAGAGUCCAAAUUGGCCGUCUGUUGGUGCACACACUCGGUCCUACACUUCCUCUGUCUGACAGGAAGGAGGCGCUUGAGUUUGUGUUUGAUUCCAGACAUUUGGAUAUCCUCAAAGAGAGCCUCAGUCCAGGUCUAGAGCAUGGGCCAAAGUUGUCUCUAUACCUGUAUGAGAUGCUUCACGAUCACAAGGAUGAUCUCACUAAAGAGGAGCAGAGCGCCGUGGGUGUGUUCAUGACUUCGCUUAAGCUUUGUGGUCAUCGCUGCAUCCCACCCAAUGCCCCACAAAAACAAGAUCUGCUCAAGGCCAUAAAGGAGGAGAAAUUCAAGUAUGAAGCAGAAGAGAAAACAAGUAAAGUAGCAUGGGAAAAGAAAAUGGCAAACACUCAAAGAAAUCUUAUCCAGAGGCUGGAUGGAAAGUCAAAGGAUAUUUCAAAGAUUGCGGCUGAUAUAACUCAGAAUGUAUCUCUGCGGCAAGGCAUGGAGAGAAAGAAAGUCAUCCAGCACAUCAGAGGCCUCUACAAGACCGACCUGAGCGCCAGCCGCCACUGGCAGGAGUUAGUGCAACAACUUACGCAUGACCGUGCUGUUUGGUAUGAUCAGACAUCCUACCCAACAUCCUGGCAGCUGGAUCCCACCGAAGGUCCAAAUCGGGAGCGAAGGCGGCUCCAGAGAUGCUACCUCACCAUACCCAACAAAUACCUGCUCAAAGACAGACGCAAAGCUGAUGAUUCAGUGAAGCCACCUCUCUCCUUCCUGUUUGAGGAUAAGACUCACUCCUCUUUCUCCUCUACUGUCAAAGACAAAGCCACCAGCGAGUCCAUCAGGUUCACCAGACGGUGCAUCAGCGUCGCCCCCUCCAGAGAAACAGCAGGGGAGCUGCUUCUGGGAAAGUCUGGGAUGUACUUCGUGGAGGACAACGCUGCUGACGCUCAUGAAAGUCAGAGCCUUCACGGGGAGACAGAGGCACCCUCUUUCUCCUGGACGUAUGAGGAGAUCAAGGAGGUCCACAAGCGAUGGUGGCAGCUAAGAGACAACGCUGUGGAGAUAUUCCUCACCAAUGGCAGGACCCUGCUGUUAGCCUUUGACAACACAAAGUUCCGAGAUGACGUCUACCACAACAUCCUGACCUCUGACCUUCCCAACCUGCUGGAGCAUGGGAACAUCACGGCACUCACGCAGCUGUGGGGCUCAGGUCAGAUCACGAACUUUGAGUACCUCACACACCUCAACAAGCACGCUGGCCGCUCAUUCAACGACCUCAUGCAAUACCCGGUGUUCCCCUUCAUUCUGCGCGAUUACACCAGUGAGACACUCGACCUGCAAGAGCCAAACAUCUACAGGAACUUAAUCAAGCCCAUUGCAGUUCAGUCAAAAGAGAAAGAGGACCGCUAUGUCGAUAACUACAGGUACCUGGAAGAGGAGUACAAAAAGGGCAUUCGAGAGGACGACCCCAUGCCUCCUGUCCAGCCUUACCACUAUGGCUCUCACUACUCCAACAGCGGUACUGUGCUCCACUUCCUGGUUCGAAUGCCCCCGUUCACCAAGAUGUUCCUUGCCUACCAGGACCAGAGCUUUGAUAUCCCGGACCGGACGUUUCACUCUAUGAACACCACAUGGCGUCUGUCCUCCUAUGAGUCCAUGACUGAUGUGAAAGAGCUCAUCCCAGAGUUCUUCUACCUUCCUGAAUUUUUGGUUAACAGAGAGGGUUUUGAUUUUGGGGUCCGUCAAAAUGGCGAGAGGGUAAAUCAUGUAAAUUUACCCCCUUGGGCUCGCAACGACCCACGUUUGUUCAUCCUCAUCCACCGACAAGCACUGGAGUCUGACCACGUCUCCCAGACUCUGUGUCAGUGGAUCGACCUGGUGUUUGGGCUCAAACAGAAAGGCAAAGCUGCCGUCCAAGCCAUCAAUGUCUUCCACCCGGCUACCUAUUUUGGCAUGGACGUGUCAGCUGUAGAAGACCCAGUCCAGCGCCGGGCCCUGGAGACAAUGAUCAAAACAUACGGCCAGACACCCCGGCAGCUCUUUAACGCCUCUCAUAUCAGCAGGGUGGGUCCCAGACUCAUUAUGGAAGGGGAGCUGCCAGCAGCCAUGGGGCUCCUGGUUCAACUGGCCUUCAGAGAAACCAGAGAACAGGCCAAGGAAAUAUCCUGCCCGAGCCCGCUGCCAUGGAUCAAAGGUCUGAAGUGGGGUGAGUACGUGGGCUCUCCAUCUGCUCCGGACCCAGUGGUGUGUUUCAGCCAGCCCCACGGGGAGAGGUUUGGAUCCCUGCUGGCUCUACCAACUCGAGCAAUCUGUGGUUUAUCCCGCAAAUUCUGCCUCAUGAUGAUUUACAGCAAGGAGCAGGGUGUGCGGAGCAUGCACAGCACAGACAUCCAGUGGUCAGCCAUCUUAAGCUGGGGCUAUGCAGACAACAUAUUAAGACUGAAGAGCAAGCAGAGCGAGCCACCUAUUAACUUUAUUCAGUGUUCACAACUUCACCAGGUGACCAGCUGCGCCUGGGUGCCCGAUGGCUGCCAGCUAUUUACAGGUAGCAAAUGUGGAGUCAUCACCGCCUACAGCAACCGUUUUACCAGCACCACGCCGUCAGAGAUGGAGGUGGAAUCUCAGGUUCACCUGUACGGGCACACAGGGGAGGUCACCGGCCUGUUUGUCUGCAAACCUUACAGCAUCCUCAUCAGUGUGAGCAGUGAUGGCACCUGCAUCCUCUGGGACCUCAACAGGCUGUGUUAUGUACAAAGCCUCACUGGCCACAAGAGCCCGGUGACCGCCGUCUCUGCCAGUGAGACCACUGGUGACAUCGCAACGGUUUGUGACUCAGAGGGCGGAGGCAGCGACCUUCGCCUGUGGACAGUGAACGGCGACCUGAUUGGUCACGUCCACUGCAGAGAGACCAUCUGCUCUGUGGCUUUCUCCAACCAACCAGAAGGCGUGUCAGUCAACGUCAUCGCCGGUGGUCUGGAAAACGGCGUCGUCAGGUUGUGGAGCACUUGGGAUUUGAAACCAGUCAGAGAGAUCACCUUUCCAAAGUCAAGUAAACCCAUCAUCAGCUUGACAUACUCGUGUGAUGGCCACCACCUCUACACAGCCAACAGCGAGGGCACAGUGAUGGCGUGGUGUCGACGAGACCAGCAGCGCAUGAAGCUCCCCAUGUUCUACUCCUUCCUGAGCAGCUAUGCUGCAGGCUGAUUUUGUGUGUGAUGUUUACUGCUGUCCACUUCUCAGCAAGUGGACCCCCGUCUCCCCCUCUUCCUCCCUCCCCUCCUGUCUGCACUGACAGGGAGGAGGACAAGUCAGCAUGGCCUCAACCUCUGAACCCACCCUGACUUUUAAUAAUGCCAUCCCCAGCUGAGCAAACUCUACUACUCCCAAGAUCUAGAUAUAAUUAUGAAGAUAGUAUUAUAUGUAUAUAAAUAUAUAUAUAUAUUUAUAAACAUACUGAAGGAGGAAUGGAUGAAUAUUUGGCUGAGACUGCAACAGACACUUUAUAAAAAAUGUAUUUCUGUGUGUUUUAUGUUUUAAUCUUCAGUUCUUUCCUCUCUGUUGUUGUUUUGUUUUUGUUUUUUUGUUGUGCAAACGUAACGUAUCUGCCUGAAGAUGAUUUAACCAUUUCCUGUAAGCUGCUAUCAUCUGGUCAAAGCCAGACUUAAAAGAGUGAACAACCCCCCCCCCCCCCCCCCCCUCCCUCCGCCCUCGUCUCUCACCUCGAGUCUCCCACAGGGCGAUGGUUGACAGAUUUCUCCCAGAGUUCAGCAAGCGCGUCGUGCUGACGCUGCAGUAGCUGAAAGGGAAAGAGCCCCACCUUGCUUCUGUCACAGGGAGACGUCCCGCUCUGUGGGAGUGAGACGCCCCUCUGCUGGGCUGUCUGCUCCGCUCUAGUCUGAACAUUAGUGUCACGGCCCCUGCUUCACUUUGUAUCUCCGCUCCGAGGAGAGAUUGCAGGGGUUAGAGGGGGGAGAGACAGGAUGGUAUGAAUUAUACCUUGUGCUGCCUGUUAUUCUAUCCUGUUUCUGCAUGCUAGGAGGAUGCUGACCUUGACUGUGAGAAUGUGGAUGUGACAUUUACUGCCAUGCUCCUUGUUUAAACCUGCCUUGGCUGCACCUGUCUCUUUGCAUUUAGAAACAUUGAUACUAUAAUUCAUUUAUUUGAAACAUUGCAGAGGCUCAUCUUUCUCUCCUCCUGUCUCUUUUACUGGUGGAACCUGUCUGCCACUCAGAUGCACUAGAACUAUUUCCACUACUUUAACAGAAACCCAGAGAAGGUAUAAAAGCAAACAGUGUUAGAGCCUUUCAUUUGGAGAAAAAAGCAGUCAUUUUUAUGAGACAUGUUUAGACUUGUGCAGCAUAAAUUAACGGAAGAGCAUCACAUCCAGCAAACCUGACUUAAAGAGUGGUCAAGUUUUCUUGCACUGAUGAGUUUUUUUCUUAAACGUAUACACUACAUUCAUCAGUGUGGUAAGCAGACUACCAGCCGUUUCAUUUCUUAACCCACCUCAGGGUCUGUACAGCUUCCAUUUACAUUCCCACCUCUCUGCACUUACAGCUUGGCUGUGAUGAGUCAAACGGUACUCAGAAGCACUUUUUAUCUGCUGCUGUUUGAUUCAAAAAGAGCCAAAACUUGGGUCUUAAUAUGAACUCAGCUUUGAUUUAAUGCCACUAAUAAAUCUAAAAAGCAAUAUCAGAAAUGAAUCAAUUAAAAAAAAAGCUCCACAUGGGAGGAACCAAGACUUUUUCUUUCUUUCUUUCUUUCUUUUUUUCUUUCUUUCACAGCUAGGGAGCAAGUUGUUGAAGAGACAUCAUAUCUUACAGCUCACACUUUGAUUUGUCUAUAAGAAAGGGAACUUUUCUUAAUAUAUCAUCAUUCCUUUUUGUCAUUGGUUCGAUAUUUUGUUUUUCUUUCAUUUCCUCCACAGCUUGUCUGGAGUUUGUGCAAAAUGUGCUGUUACUGUAUUUGUUUACUCAGUGUCUUCAUUACUUAUGCACAUACAAACACUUCCUCCAUGAAACUUCUUAAAAACAAAUGUGCAACCUGCAACCUUUCUCUUGUCCUGGACACCCUAGAUGUGAGUUUGUGUAAAUUUUCUGUUCUUUUCUUAAUUUUUUCUUACCUUUUUUUUAAAUGGGAGAAAAUGACAAAAGGCAGAGAGUAAAUGUGAUAAUGGGCUUUCUUACAUAAGGAAGUAAUAUGUUUCUGUUAAAUUGUGCAUAUAGCUUAAGUUAUUCAGAUCAUUUAGUAUGCUCAAAUAGUGUUAUGUUGUUCUGAACCCCUCCAAGCCGGUUUUUGCAUGUUGGCAUCAUGGACUGAGGAUGUUGUAUGUUUCUUUUUGGUUGUAAAUAAAUGUGCGUGUGUGUAUGUAUGGACAAACCAAGUGAUAAGUAUAUUAUAAAUAUAUAAAUAUAUAUAAAUAUUUGAAGAAAUAUUACUAUAUCUUGUUGGGUUCUUUUCUUUGUGGAGAAAGAUACGUUCAGGGACAUCUAAAAUAAAAAGGAAUCCACAGUU